AAGACUUAUUGGAGUUGGAGGGGAGCCAGGGCGGACUUGAAAGGCAGGGUCGGAUUUUCGAAUUUUUACCGAGCCAAGUUUUAUUUACACUUCCUCAGCUGCCCUUAACUGAAUCAGACGGCGCCGUUUCUUCUUCAACAUAUCUUCACUUCGUUUCGCACGACCCCUAUCUCCAGUUUGGUUCACUUCUGUUCUUCAUCUUCCCCUUUGGUUUUUAUCUUCUUCUUGCGCCGUGAGAUCCUUAACAAGCAGCCAUCAGCCAUCAGCAGCCGCAGCCACCGUUCAGGAAUCCCACCGUCUCCGCCGAACGCCUUCCGUUUCACUUGUUUAUGCUUGCACGAUGGAGGGCAAUCUUGUUGAAGCAAUGCUUUUGCAUCCAACGACAAAGACGGUGCGUUUCGACUGUAAGAUUCUGAGAUUGAUUGAUCUAUAAUUUUCCAUUCCGAUGCUGGCAAUGAGUCGGUUUCACACAUUUGCUGGCUAAUCUCUGAUGCAAAAGCCAAAGACAUCAAGCAGAGCAGGCAAAUUAUGCAAGUACAGUAAGAACCAAUGAUUUGUUAAGAUCCUUUUAGUGUAACGAGAUAAUGGCGGAGUGUGGUAUAUUUGAUAAGAAAUAUAGUUAUAUACAUGACCGUAAAUGGGGUUCUGAAGCGGCUGACGCGCACCACAUCAUUGUUCGGAAGAGCCACGCAAAGGGUUUCCUUGUAUACUUGUCGCCCAUUCUUCUUUUAGCAAGUGCAUUCCACCUUUUCCUCUUCAAGGAUAAUAUCACAAUUACUUUCUGGAACUCUCUUUUGAUUGCAUUCCUUGUCAAACUCUUACUUCAGAAGCCUGUAGAGAAAGAGUCUGUUAUAGUUAUGCCAGCUUUUGGAGUUCAACUAGAAACUCACCGCGGAAGUAAAAUUGUCCGCCGCUUUGUACCCAUUGACAAGAUAUUAAAACCGGUGCUAUCAGAAUGUGUGACCCCUGUUACUUGUUACUGGAGCCUGUCUUUCAUUAUACGAGGAGAAGCAGAACUGAUGUUAGUUUUUAAGGAAGUAUGUCCGCCUGUGAAAGUGCUAGUCCCCAUCUGGAAGGCCUUGUGUGCCGCCAUUGGUAGUGAAGGAAUCCUUGGCACGCCUACUGCUGAUGCCCCAUAGUGUUGAUCGAUUUUUAUCGAGAGCAGUGGACUUGAACUAAGAGGCACCGCACGGUGGACAGAGGAAUAUAUAUCCACAUUGUGGUUGAGUGGAUGCAUGCUUUUGAAGAUCAAUUAAUGCAUUCGUACCAUACACAUAUUGAAGGGAAGAAGGUUCACAGCAUGAAUCAAUUCUUGUGAAGAUCAAAUUUAUACCCAUUUUCAAGCCAUUGCCAAGUCCAAAUUUUAGAUGCAUUAGUACCAUACACAUAUUGAAGGGAAGAAGGUUCACAGCUUGAAUCAAUUCUUACGAAGAUCAAAUUUAUACCCA